AUGUCAUUUCAAAGACGAUCUACUAGUUCUGUGGCGCGUUCCUCAAGGACUGGCUCAACACCUCGAGACGUUAGAAGACGUACCGUGUCGGGAUCCAAUACAAAGACUAAGUCCGUUGCAUACUCGAACAAUACACAAAAGAUGGUUCAUUCCAGUAACGAAUUGAGCUCGAAUAUACAAGUCUACGUCCGUUGUAGAUCGAGAAACCAAAGAGAGAUUGACGAGAAAAGUAGUGUGGUCAUCUCUACAAUGGGACCUAACGGAAAGGAAGUUAUGUUAUCUAGUCCUACUAGUUCUGGUUCUUUGUCGUAUCCAAAGAAGACAUAUCUAUUUGACCAAGUGUUUGGCGCCGAAAGUGAUCAGAAUCUUGUGUUUGAUGUCACUACUAAAAAUUACAUACAGGAAAUGAUGGAUGGUUAUAAUUGUACCGUCUUUGCAUAUGGACAAACAGGUACCGGGAAAACUUAUACAAUGUCCGGAGAUAUUAAUAUAUUAGGUGAUGUGGAGUCACAGGAUAAAAUAUUGUUAGGAGAACAUGCUGGGAUUAUACCAAGAGUAUUAGUCGAUUUAUUUCAAAGAUUACCAAAUGAAACAAAUAAUGAUUUUUCUGUUAAAAUUUCAUUUUUGGAAUUAUAUAAUGAAAAAUUAACCGAUUUAUUAGCUAGUAAUGAUUCAGAAGAUGAAACCAUUCGAAUAUUUGAUAAUCAUAAUAACAAUAAUAAUCAUAAUAACAAUAAUCAUCGUAAUAGUAAUAAUAAUAAUAAUAAUAAUAAUAGUAGCAUUGGUAAUGGGAAUAGUCAUUAUGGCAUGAACAAUUCUACAACAUCGUCAACACAAGGAACGAAAAAUAAUAACAAUAAUAACUCUCACGAUUCUAGUAAUAUUUCAAAUAAUCAUCAUAAUAAAGUAAGUUCCAUUAAAAAUGUAUCGAAUUCUGCAAUUAUUGUGAAAGGAAUGGAAGAGAUAUAUAUCAAAUCUGCUUACGAAGGGUUACAAUUAUUAACAGAAGGUUCUUUGAAAAGAAAGGUCGCUGCAACUAAAUGUAAUGAUCUAUCAUCGAGAUCUCAUACCAUUUUCACAAUUACUACACACAUUACAAAGAUAGACCCUAUCUCAGGGGAACAAUAUGUCAAAAUUGGGAAAUUGAAUUUAGUGGAUUUGGCUGGUAGCGAAAAUAUUAAUAGAUCAGGUGCCGAUAAUCUUAGAGCACAAGAAGCAGGUCUAAUAAAUAAAUCAUUACUCACGUUGGGUAGAGUCAUUAAUGCAUUGGUAGACUAUUCUCAACAUGUCCCUUAUAGAGAAUCUAAAUUGACAAGAUUACUACAGGAUUCAUUGGGUGGUAGAACGAAGACUUGUAUUAUUGCUACAAUAUCACCUGCAAAGAUAUCAUCGGAAGAAACAGUGAGUACAUUAGAAUACGCAACUCGUGCUAAAUCGAUAAAAAAUACACCACAAGUUAAUCAAUCAAUGUCUAAAGAUGUAUGUCUCAAUGAAUACGUCCAUGAAAUCGAGAGAUUGAGACAUGAAUUGCGAACGUCAAGACAGAAGGAUGGGAUAUAUGUAAGUCAAGAUCAAUAUGAUCUAUUUGAAAGUAACGAAAUAUUAUUACAGGAACAAAAGAUGAGAAUACAUAACAUGGAAGAACAAACCAAUAGAUUCAAACAGGAAUAUGUUAAACAAACUGCAAUUAGUAAAGAUUUGGAGUUGAAAUUAAACGAAGUUGAAAAUACUUUGCAAGGGGUACAAGAACAAAAAUUAUCAUUACUUGACGUAUUUGAACAUUAUGAAAAAUCAAAUAAUUUAUUUAUUGAAGAAGUACAAAAUAUCCAUUCAAUAAAUUCAAAUUUAUUAAACAAUAUAACAAUGGAAAGAAAUGAAUAUUUUGAUGAUUCAAAGGAUUUUAUGAAGCAAAUACUAAAAGCAAAAGAUAUAACGUCGGAACAAGAAAAGAAACUUCGAAAGUUGCAAAGGGAUAUAAAGCUUUACAAUAAUACCUUUAAGGAUGUUAUCACUGGUGUUUAUAGUGAAUUACAAAACAAUUUCUCCCUUUUGAAAGAAGAUGUUUCUAAACAUAUCGAUACUAUUGAUUUUGAAAAUAUACCGACAGCAUUAGCUAACUUGAAGGACUCAAUUGGCACUCAAUUAGAUUUAAUAAAGAAGCAGAAUAAUAAUAUGGUUUCUGAUCCUUACAAGGUACACAGGUUGAUCCUUGAAUCUUGUUUCGAACAAAUCUCUAAAUCAUUGAAUUACUGCGGCGAUGUUCUUGGUAAGGAGAGUAAUAUUAUUUCCAACAAAAUUAAGGACGACUUAAAUCUUUUAGGGACCGAAAUAAGUGAGGAGAUGCGUACAAUGGUAGACUUUAUUACAAGACAAAGACAAGAGGUAGUAACAUUGGAGAGUAAAUUACAAGAGGAGCAAACACUCUCGACUCAUUUGAAUGAAAAACUGGAUACACUUACAAAAUAUUUUGAAGAAUACAUUACAAAAGAAAAGACAAACUUGUAUGACAUUUUGGCGGACACAUUUCAAACUUUCAAGUUAAAACAAUCUGAACUCGAUAAGCGUUUCUUAAAUAAGGCUAAAACAGAGAUUAUCUCUCUUGGAAGUACAAACAAUAAAAUUAUGAACAAUAAUGUUAAGAAUAUAAAAGACAUAUCAAUAGGCGCAUUUGAAUCCAUCAAUAGAAAUAUAAUACAGAGCCAAUCACAUGCCAGUGAUUUGGUUGAGCUGAAUACCAUUAAUAUUCCUGAACAAAUUUCCAAACUCCCAAUAAAUAAGUCAAUCCAACAUGUAUUAGACAGCUUAACUAAAACAUGCGAAGAGAACUCAUCACGAAAUUUAGAACAGUUACUACAAGAGUUGAAUGAAAAUAGACAUAAAGAUAAUGUUAAUAUUUCAAAUAGAAUUGAACAAAUGACGACCUCCUUGGAAGAAUCAAUAAAGUCAGAUAAUUACAAUUACCGUAUUGCAUUUAAUGACAUUCAAAAUGAUAUCCAAAAAUUAAACAGCUUUGUGUCUGAAGACUAUAGUUCUAACAUUAACCAAAUUUCUAAAACACAAACUGAUAUUCUAACUGAAUACUCUAACCACAUUUCUGGUGUUGCAGACAAUUUGAAUGAAAAUUCACAAUUUUCGACAGGAAAAGAUAUUCAAGAAUAUGACAAUCACCCUGACAUUGUCAAAAUAUCUAAAUUACCAGAUUUUAGAAAGCCAUCGAAUUAUGAACUAUAUGAUAAUAUGAAAACAGAAAUAAAUGAAGAUAUGACACAUAUAGAUGGCCUAUCGUUGGAUAAUAUUUCUCCUGUCCAUAUUUCAUUAUCAAAUAUAAAAUAUAAUCCAAGCACACCUGUUCCAGUCCCUGAUCAUCCUUUACCAUUAUCAAAGGUUUUAAUGCCAAGAAGCGUUAAUACGAAAAAUAUCCGUUCAAACACAAUUGCUACAACAAUCAAACAGAGUUCGAGUAGAGUUACGAGCCCUUUAAAACCGAAUAAUUUGAAGAGAAGAUUUACAUUAGAACCCUUGGAUAGUGACAUAUCAAAUGUAGAAUCGAAAGAAAAUAAGGUGCCGUUAGAUAGUAUAUUUGAAAUGAAGAAAGUUCACCUAGAUCCUAACAUGCCACCUCUGAAGAAUUCCAAUUAA